AUGCGCCUGCGUCUUGGAAAGAAAAUGAAACGCAGUCGCAACCUUUGGAAAGUGUCGUUGGCCUUCGUGUCAUCCUUAUACAACACCAUCGGGCAUGCCGGCUUAGCCCAACCCGGCCAACACAGCUCGGCCGACCGCCGGCUCACAGCCCACCUCGAUGGGCUGCGCGGCAUCGCCGCCAUGUUUGUCUAUACCAUGCACCUCUCCAUGGCCCUUGACCGCACAAUACUCCUGGGCUAUAUUCCCGGCAUCAGCGACGUUUGGUACAACUACCCCGUUCUCCGCCUCUUCCGCUCCGGCAAGGCCAUGGUGCGCAUAUUCUUCGUUCUAAUAUCUGGCUACGCCCUCACCGUCUCACCAUCUAAGCACUACAACCGGCUGUCCGCCUCCGACAAGCUGCACCGCACCUUGGCGACGGCUAUGCUGAAGCGGCCCUUCCGACUCUUCUUCCCGCCGCUCGUAACCACCUCCGUCGUCAUGGUCGUCGCAGCCGCCGGCCUGUUCCCAACCGCCAAAUCCAUGGAGGCCUUGCCGGCCCACUUGCCCGUCCAAUCGGUCUUCCUCAAAUCCUCGUUCUUGGAACAGAGCGCUGACUGGAUGGGCUUUGUUACACACAAGCUCAUCAACCCGUGGGCCUGGGCCGGGAAUCUGUACGCCGACGAGCACGACUCGUAG